AUGGUCGGUGACGGCGUCAACGAUGGGCCAGCUUUGGCAGCGGCUGAUGUGGGCAUUGCUAUGGCAGCAGGGGAGUCCGCAUUGGCAGUCGAGGCAGCAGGAGUGGUCAUUAUGACCAACAGCCUCUUAAAGGUGCCUGAAAUAAUUUGCCUAAGUCGAUUCUGCCGUCGUCUAAUUAUCGAGAACAUCGUGCUGGCCAUUUCACUCAAGCUUGUUUUCGUUGUGGUCGCGUUGGCGGGUAACGUCCACGUCUGGAUGGCAGUGGUUGCAGACCUGGCUGGGCUCCUUGUCGUUAUCCUGAACGGACUGAGGUCCCUGAUAUGGAAACCACCCAUAUCGAAUACCGAGACGAAUGAGGCGCCUGGGGCAUCAUGGCUACAUCAGCCAGAUGAAUAUAAGCAAGUUAAACAAGAUGAUGGACUGUGA